UGGUCAAGGAAGCUAUUGCCAUGUCACCCUUCCCUAGUGGCCUGGGUACACUGGGCCUCGCCUCCGUUUCACACUCCUCUCUACCACAGAGCACACUUCAGACUUUCCUGCCUUCUUCGCCUAAAGUCAUCUCUAGGACCUGGACCUUUCCCCGGGAUCAUUGAUCUCUUUGGUGUUGGAGGGGGCCUGUUGGAAUAUCGAGCCAGCCUUCUGGCUGGCCAUGGCUUUGCCACAAUGGCUCUAGCUUAUUAUGGCUUUGAAGAUCUCCCCAAGGAAUUCGACAGCAGGAGUACGGACUACUUUGAAGAAGCCCUGUGCUACAUGCUCCAACAUGCUCAGGUAAAAGGCCCAGGCAUUGGCCUUCUGGGCAUUUCUUUAGGGGCUGAUAUUUGUCUCUCCAUGGCCUCAUUUUUGAAGAACAUCUCAGCUACAGUUUCCAUCAAUGGAUCUGGGUUCAGUGGAAGCAAAGCCAUCUGCUACAAGGAUACUUGCAUCCCACCAUUGGGCCAUGACCUGAGGAGAAUCAAGACACAUUUCUCAGGCCUCCUGGACAUUGUGGAUAUACGGAAUGACAUUGUAGGAGGGUGUGAAAACCCCAGCAUGAUUCCAAUAGAGAAGGCCCAGGGGCCUAUCCUCUUCAUCGUUGGUCAGGACGACCAUAACUGGAGGAGUGAGUUAUAUGCCCAAAUAGCCUCUGAGCGGCUACAGACCCAUGGGAAGGAAAAACCUCAGGUCAUCUCUUACCCUGGCACGGGGCAUUACAUUGAGCCUCCUUACUUUCCCAUGUGCGCAGCUUCCCUGCACAGGUUACUGGAAAGGCCUGUGGUCUGGGGUGGGGAGCCCAGGGCUCAUUCUAAGGCCCAGAUAGAUGCUUGGAAGCAAAUUCUGGCCUUUUUCUGCACACAUCUUGGAGGUACCCAGAAAGGAGCUUCUCCCAAAUUGUAAUGCAUUGGUUUGUUGUUGACAUGAGAGAUACAAGUCCAAGUCUAGUGUUUAAUAAUCACACGGGAAUAAAUUGUUCCCUGAAUCAUAUCCACUUCAUGUCAUUGGUAUUAAUGUUAUAUUUUGGGUAACUUUUUUGAAGGUUAUUUUUUCACUAAUUUUACUAAUGUAGCACAUGCCUAUUGUAGAAGAUGCAAUUAAAGAUAUAUAACAAAGCCCUCCUAGCCGGUUUGGCUCAGUGGUUCGAUUCUGGUCAAGGGUAUGUACCUUAGUG